CUGCCCCCACUUGUCGGUUUGUUUGCAAUGUCAAUCAGCACUAUAUAUUAGCAAAAAAUGCAGGUAGGCGAGGCCACAGUAUUUAUUUACAUUUGGAGGAGUAUCCCUACCUACACUUGAGUUUCAUUUCCUAGCCUUCUCUUUUUCUCAGUUUGUGGUAUAGGGACAAUGAAUCUUGGGUGGUGGUGGAGGCUUUUUGCAGGUGCCUUAGCUGGAUUUCUCUUCUUUCAUGGCUUUGCUGCCACCGAAACAGCUCCGAACUACUCGUUCAUGUACGAUGCAACAUCAGCUUCAACAUUAUCAUAUUACGACUACAUCAUUGUCGGUGGUGGCACCGCCGGAUGUCCAUUAGCUGCCACAUUAUCUCAAAACGCCACCGUCUUGCUCCUUGAACGUGGUGGCUCCCCUUAUGGUAACCCCAACAUAACUAAAAUGGCAAGCUUUGGUGCUGCCCUCUCUGACCUUUCCCAGUCAUCCCCAUCACAGCGGUUCAUCUCCGAAGAUGGCGUAAUUAAUGCACGUGCACGGGUGUUGGGUGGCGGAAGUUGUAUCAAUGCAGGAUUUUACACACGCGCCAGCGAUGAAUAUAUCAAGCAAGCGGGUUGGGAUGGACGAUUAGUGAAGGAGUCGUAUCAAUGGAUGGAAAAAUCAGUGGCAUUUGAGCCAUCACUGGGGCAAUGGCAGUCAGCUGUAAGGGAUGGUCUGCUGGAGGCUGGGGUGAUGCCAUCCAAUGGGUUUACUUAUGACCAUAUUUAUGGGACCAAAGUGGGUGGAACAAUCUUCGAUCAACAAGGGAAUAGACACACGGCAGCUGAUUUAUUGGAGUAUGCUAACCCCAGCGGGCUCACCGUCUUUUUGCAUGCUUCUGUGCACAAAAUCUUGUUUGCAAUUAAAGUUUCAAUGGCAGGGAAACGAAGGCCGAAGGCUCAUGGAGUGGUUUUCAGAGAUACAACAGGGGCCAAGCACAAAGCAUAUCUUAAACAAGGAUCAAAAAAUGAGAUCAUUGUAUCAGCGGGAGCAUUGGGAAGCCCGCAGCUGUUGAUGUUGAGUGGAGUGGGGCCUGCACAACAUCUCAAGUCCCACGACAUCACGGUGGUGCUUGACCAGCCCCUGGUUGGCCAAGGCAUGUCCGAUAACCCCAUGAACGCCGUCUUCAUCCCAUCUCCUCUUCCAGUUGAGGUUUCGCUUAUCCAAGUUGUUGGUAUCACCCAUUUUGGAAGCUACAUUGAAGCCGCCAGUGGUGAAAACUUCGCAGGUGGUGCUUCUUCCUCUCCAGCUGUCGAAUACAUGAACAAUCUUGACGAGACAACUUUUAGAGGUGGGUUUAUCCUAGAAAAAGUUAUGGGUCCGAUUUCAACAGGCCAUUUGGAGCUUCGGACCCGAAAUCCAAACGAUAACCCAUCAGUUACCUUCAAUUAUUUCAAGGAUCCACAAGACCUCCAAAGAUGUGUCCAAGGAAUUCAAACCAUUGAGAAAAUCAUAGAAUCAAAGGCUUUCUUUAGAUUCAGAUAUGAGUUUUUGUCUUGGCCUAUUCUUCUCAAUAUGACUGCAAAUGCCCCAUUGAAUUUGUUGCCUAAACAUUACAAUCCUUCAAUGCCAUUGGAAGUGUUUUGCAAGGACACUGUGAUGACUAUAUGGCACUAUCAUGGAGGUUGCCAAGUUGGUAAAGUUGUUGAUCUUGACUAUAAGGUUCUAGGUGUGGAUGCUUUAAGGGUUAUCGAUGGAUCCACGUUCAACGACUCACCUGGGACUAAUCCUCAGGCCACUGUAAUGAUGCUUGGACGGUACAUGGGUGUGAAGAUAUUGAGUGAGAGAAUAGCCAAUUAAGAAUCCAAGUCAUUGAAGUUGAUUUAAUUUUCCUUGUUUUGGUUAAGAAAUGACUAGCAAAUUUGAAGUUUAAAUCAUAUGUGAAAAGCUGCAGUUAUGAAUGCUUGACAUUAGAAAUCAUAUAUUAUAUAUAUAUAUACUUGUUCUGCAA